CACCAUUGUUUUCCAGUACCAGCCUAUCACCACUGACUAGGGACAGGUACUAGGGUCUGUAUAGUUCCCUGGGCCUCCUUAGCUUAGCAAGGUGGGUAGUAAUCUAGCUUACCUAGAUUACCUAAUUGGCACAGAAUGCACUCAUGGCCCUUGGGCUGUAUCUCCCUGGAGGCUUCUGGUAACAGACCCCGCCCCACCACCAAAAUCCAUGGCAACAGUAUAGAAUGCUUCCUUUCCUAGGCCUUCUGUGGGUUUAGGCCUCAGCUCCUGACCAACAUCGAGAAUGGCCCCUAAGUCUUGCCAGGAGUCUGAAGAUGAGCAGGUGUCCCCAGCUCCAGCAGGUGUACAGCCAGACAGCAGUGACUUAGGGUCUCCAGUUGGCACACCUGUGGCUAGAGUGGCUUCUUCCUGUCCUCAGAGCGCGAAGCUCUACACAUCUACACCAAUGAACUGCUCUGUCAAGCAGCAGUUAGCCCCUGAAACCCUGGACCCACGUACCCUGAGGCUGUUAUGGGAACAAAGAGAACUAGAGAUCCAGGCACUUCGGUGGGCUGUUCAGAAUGGCCAGAAUGCCCGAUACUACUACAUCCUGCAGGAGGUGGCAGGGAUUCCCCCUGAGCGGAACUCCAAAAGACAAGACAAAUUCCUGCGGAACCAGGUCCAGAAGCUUACCCUGGAGCUGAAAGCACAGAAGGAACAAGCCCAGCAGGAGAAACAGCAGUUGGAGGAGAAACUGCAGCAGAACCUCUGUGCAAUGCAGCAGCUGGAGGCUGAGCUUCAGUCCUUUCAAAAAUCAUGCCUUCUACAGCUAGCCCGUUCCUCUUGGGUGGGACGCACGCUGAGGUCUCAGACUGGCAGUGUGGAGGUGGUUACUGCAGAGGUUCUGAGGGACGUCAGUGACUCUUCUCAGUGUGCUGAGGUUCCCAAUGCUGGGGAGGGUUUCCGGUUGGAGGAUGUAGAUUGGAACAGCAUUGCCCACCGAUAUCCCAACCUCUUCUCCAGCUUGAGUUUCCAUUCGGAUCAAAAACUGUCCCAGCCCCCGGCCUCUGAAGUGGAUGCCUGUGACUCGGAGUGCGCUACCAAGCACACAGAGAAACCUACCAAGACCCUGGAGUGGAGCGCCUUGCCUUUGGUGGACACCAGUAGCUCGGAAAGUAUCGAGUCUGACAUCAGCAGCAGCCAGAUGGUUCUGCAUUCUGGAGCAAAGACGACGACUGGCCACCCACCCCAGGGACCAAAUUUAGCUGCUUCUGAGCAGAUGCAGGAAUGCACAAGGAGCGUCAAUGGAUACACAGAAGAUCUUCAUAAAAGCUGGUCGCCCUCAUGUAGCAAGACUGUUUUGGAGUCCUAUACGGACCUUCAGCACCCAUAUACAAGACCCCAGUUGAAUCCAUUUGGCUGCUGCUUGAAGAUUGCUGCUGUCAGCCACCGAGAGAAGUUCAUCCGCAUUAUCAACCAGUCACAGGCAGAGACAGUUGACCUGGGUGGCUUUGUCCUGCAGCAGCUUGUUAGGGACUUCCCUGUGUGCAUGUACCGCUUCCCACCUGGUACUCUGCUAGCCCCGCAGCACCACAUCACGGUAUGGGGCGAAGGAACCAGCAGAACCAAGAAGCAGCUGCCAGUGUCCUCAGGCCAGGACCCUUUCCAAUUCCAAUCUAGCCGAGGCUGUGUGACGAUGCUAGUCAACCCCCAGGGACAGGUCCUCAGCGAGCAUCAAGCUGUACCCUGUGUGACUCUGGGCUCAAAGAUCUUCACCGACAACACCGACUGGUCCAUUGACCGCUUCCCACUCUCAGAGUCCGAGCCCAAUGUUGACCCUGGUGAUCAGCAGUAUCGACCUUCAUCACCACAGAAGGGUCGGGCAAAGGUUGCUGGGGCCAGGCACAAGAAGCCACGGCCAGGGGUUCGUCAGCAAAGGCUCUCCAGCACUGGUGGACUGAGGGCCUCACGACCUCUUCGCCCCACAGAGACCCGGGAUAUCUUGCCACUCCUAAGCACCCGAAAGCUUUUUCCCCUUGGAGAAGGUCCUGCACAGCAGGAAGGUGUGAAAACUGAGAUAUCAGAGCUCCUGCCAGUGAUCCCAGAGUGUUCCUCGAGAGUGUGUCUUGAGGACUCACUGGGUAGGCAGGAGCGCAAGGUCCAGUGUUUUCUGCAGGUAUGCCGGAAAACUGUGGACCUGAGUUGCCCCAUGGUGGCCCUGUCAGUACAGAGCACAGCUGAGAGCAGAUAUGGCUUCCGCUUCCUCUGCUAUCCUCCCAUCACUGAGGAAUUGUGUCGGCGGUUGUAGGUCAGCCAGGCCAGGCAGGCAGUGCCAGCUUCAUAAUUUAUUGAACCAACCAUUGCUUAUAAAGUAAAGCACAUUUCUGCAUA